GGUGGCAUGCUGUCCAUGUAUCCGGAGCCACAGGGCAUCACCAGGAGGCCGAAGAUCGCAACAACAGCGCCACCUGUUGGUGUCUCUCUCACCCCGCCCUCAGCGCUGCCCGCUGGUAACGGUGGAGAGGGAACCCCAUCGAAUGAAAGUCAGCCAGAAGUUCCCCCCGGCAGAUGAAGAGGAAGGGUCAUACGGUCGGCUCGUUCAAAGUCCACCGACAUCCAAGGGUCGCAAACGCAAGAAAGACCCACAGGACGCACGGUCGGAGCCGGGAAAGCCAAGGCGAAAGCUUGGCCCUAUGUGGAAGCGUCGAGGGGAGGGUGCUCCCAGGAACCGUGAUAGGAACCGCUACUUCUGCAGUGAUCCAUCUCGAAGCCACGGCCAUGUGGUCUUUGGCCCAAAGGUUCCUGGAGCAAACCUGUUCACCCUGGAGGCUCUGCACUCCAUCUGCCGGACUGACCUGGACGUGUUGCGCCGCCCUGCCAGCAUGCGAUCCAUUUGUGAGCGCGUCAGCCCACGCCGCUGCUGCACUUCCUGGUCCAUCCCACACUUCAUCGCACUGCUGCACAACCGGUCUUCGUGCCUGGACAUCACAGCAACUGAUGUCCAGGAGGUUCUCAAGAGGCUGGAAGCCUGUGCACCACACUACCACAGCAUGAAGUUGAGUCACGACUGUGCCUCGGGGGCCCCGCUGUGCCGCGGAGUACCCGGCGAGUGCAUCGAGUACAACGCGGUGUACACCAUCCUCCACUACUUGGCCGACGUCGACUUCCUCGCUCCGUCUGGUCCGGGCAAGCUGGUCCACAAGCCCCACCUGUCCUACACGAGCGUAUUCCUGCCCAUAGCCCAGAGCACCGCGGCUAUGCCCUACUUCAAGGAUCUCGAGGAGUACGGCCAACUAGAGGAUGACGUAACUGAGGUUGUGGGCAUGGAACUGGGGCUGAAGCACGCUCUCUUCGACGAGUACCUGCUUCACGACACGGUGUAUGUCGCCCUGGCGGGUGUGACGGUGCUGGCGGCCAUGUGGGCCUACACGCAGUCGUUCCUGGUGACGGCCGUCACGUGCCUGGCCGUCAUCUUCUCCCUGGGCACUGCCUACUUCCUCUACACCACCGUUUUCCGCAUCUCCUUCUUCCCCUUCAUGAACAUUCUCACCCUCACCAUCGCCAUAGGCAUCGGAGCGGACGACGCCUUCAUAUACUGCAAGACGUGGGGGGCAGCCAAGGCAGAGAAAAACAGCGGCACACUGGUCAAGCUGGUCCGGGACACGCUGCACCACGCCUGUCUCUCCAUGCUGGUCACCAGUGUCACCACGGCUGCUGCCUUCUUUGCCAGCUGUGUCAGCAGCAUCACCGCUGUCCGCUGCUUCGGCCUGUUUGCCGGCACGGCCGUGCUGGCAAGCUUCUUCUUCACGGUGACGUGGCUGCCCGCAGCGCUCAUCGUGGCCGAGAAGUGGUGCUCCUCAACGUGCUGCCUCUGUGUGCCGCCAUUCGGGGUGUACCUGCCACGGCUCAAGCGCUUCUGGUGUUGCGCACCCGUCUGUGCCGCACUCUGGCGCCUCCAUCACAGCUUUGCAGAAGCGGCACGUGUCUUCUACGACAAACUCCUCCCGUGCAUCGUGAUUCGGCUGAGGUGGUUCUGGCUUUUAUCACUGACCCUGGUGGCCGCUGGUGGGGCGGUGGCUAUCUUUGUCCACCCACGCCUGCGUCUGCCCGAGUCGCCCGAGUUUCAAGUUCUGAGUGCCAGCCACCUGUUCGAGCGCUAUGACCUUGACCUGAAGGAGCGCUUCUGGUUCGAGAAGGCACGGAGCAGGGAUCCAUUCCAUCGACUGCCUAUCCGCAUCAUCUGGGGCGUGCUUCCUGUGGACACGGGCGAUUACCUCGACCCUUCCAACAAAGGUUCCGUGGUGUUCGACCCCGCGUUCGAUGUUGCGGACCCAGCGUCGCAAGAGUGGUUGCUAUCCUUCUGCAAGCGGCUACGGGCACAAAGCUUCCAUCGUUCGGCACUGGGCGUCCUCUUCUCGGGCUGUUUUAUCGAGACACUCAAGUCUUGGAUGGAGAGGCGGUGUGUCGACAGUUUCAAGCAGGCCAACCGUUUUCCCUGCUGCGAGUCCUCCCACUUCCCAUACCCGAGGGACGUCUUCAGCCUCUGCCUGCGGCGGGCCAUCGCAAGCUUGCACCAGUCUCCCGGCUACUACUUCGUCCCCGGCAUGGCGGGACCGCGCUUCUUACGCAACGGCACAGUACGGGCAAUCGUGCUCGAGUACGACAGCGUCUACUCUUACUCCCACUCACACCACGACAUGGGCAACUUCUGGAACCGCGUCGAAAGCUGGAUUGAGCAGGAAAUGAAGUCCGCGCCACCGGGACUUCGCAACGGGUGGUUCAGCAGCGACCUCGAGUUCUACGACCUCCAGAGCAGCCUGGCAGAAGGCACGCUGGUCGCCAUGGGCGUCGCGGUGGGUGUGUCGUUUGUGGCCCUGCUGGUGACCACACUGAACCUCCUCGUGAGCGUGUACGCCAUCGUCACGAUUGCGUGUGUCAUCUGCACGACGGUGGGUGCGCUGGUGCUCAUGGGGUGGCGGCUCAAUGUGCUGGAGAGCAUCACAGUGUCAGUGGCCAUUGGCCUGGCCGUUGACUACACGAUACACUACGGUGUGGCCUAUCGUCUGUCAGCGCAGCAGGAUCGUGAGACCUCAGUGAUUCAAUCGCUGUCUCGCGUCGGCAGCCCCGUCACCAUGGCAGCCCUGACGAGCUUCCUGGCCGGCGCACUCAUGUUCCCCUCGUUCGUGCUCGCCUACCUCCAAGUGGGCACAUUCCUCAUGCUGAUCACAGUCGUCUCGUGGGUGUACGCCACGUUCUUCUUCCACUCGCUGCUCAGCGUCGCCGGACCACAGCGCGGCCAGCUGCAGCUCGAUUACCCGAGCCUACACUGCUGCGAGAGUGCAUCACCAGCACCUGUUGACAAGACUGUGUACACCCUUUCCGAGUCCACUCUGUCCACUUCGAGUGCCAGCUGCCCCGCCGCCAUCGUGCACAGCGAGAGCCACGAGCUCGAGCCGCUGACCCUCGCUGCCGCGCUCAAUGGCGGCGGCGCAGUGAACCGAGUCGGCAACGGCAACAAAAAGAAGCAGAAGAAGGCGAGGCAGCGCUCGGGGAGCCUGUCUGCCGCGGCCGCAAGGACUCACGGCGCCCGCCGGAAAGUGAGCCUUCCGGUCGUGAGUGUGACAUUUCACGGUGACCCGAGUCCGCGCCACGUGUCGGGGGCCACGAGUUCAUCGACCAUCGUGUGUGGGGCCGACGAGGACAUUCACGAUGACCCCAUCGUGUGAUCCGGUGCUGCUGACAGACAAACCUUGCUGGGAAAAUGGCAGCAGAGAAACGCAGGGAUUGUUCCUGCGUUUCUAAAGGGAUCCUUCAAGUGGAUGGUGUAGGCGUUGGCAUUACGGCCCCUUAAGUGCCACAACAAAGGCCGUGAAGAGAGAUUUGUCAAAAGGCUCGUGCGACCCUAAUGCCAGGGGCUUGUUUUUCAGUACACUGUUUACCCAGCUGUGAGAGCCCGUUAUAUUAUAGUUUGAGAGCUGCAGUGAUGCGUCAUGCAUUUGACGAUCACAAAUGUGACAUUGUUUGCUUAAGUGGCACAACGUAGAAGAGACCAAGAUCUUCGAAAGCAUUGUGUGAAUGAAUGUAACGGUGGCUAUAUUGUGCAAGAUGGCAAAGGCAGGACCCCCAAGAGUUGAAUUGCUUGAUGGAUAAUUCAAGCUUCAGCGCAAGGUGACACAGCAAAGUAAGAAGGGUCAUGCUUGCCACAAGGAGGCAGUGAAAACUGUUGAACACGGUCGGAGCAAGGGUCAGCAGUUAAAACUAAUAGCACAGCAAAUGCAAGGACAAAGGCGAUUGCAACAACACAAGCGCUGUGUGGUGUCGCUCACUUUUGUGCUCGUAUUGUCCAUGGUGUUGGUUUAGGCCUGUACUGAGUUGCCAAGUUUUCUCUCCUAAGGUCAGUGGUCGAAAAAGCUCUUUGUUGCAGGAAGUUGAGUGUGCAUUUGCGUUUUCACAGAAGUACUUGCCCACAUAUUACGAACAAAAACGCCUUAGAGGGAAGAGGACACUGGAAACUCCUCACGGCCGAGCCCAGGCGCUCGUUGCCAGCUCGUUUGCUUUCUUCUUUGAGUUAACCAGCAGCAACAGAGCCGCUCAAAGUGUGACCACUUGACAUGUACAUAGUGUUCUUUGUUGCCAAAGCAGCACGCAGCAGAUUGCAAAGAAGUUUAUUAGUGACUGCCUUUCUAAUGAUCAAAUAUUGUGGCUCGGCUUUUAAUUACACUCUAAUGUGAAGGUGUAAAUAGUCAGAGUAAGCUAAUGAUGACCCGUAAUGUUAUAUGUGAAGUAGCGGCAACUGUCUGUGGUUUUCAUUUUGAGUGAAUGGGAGCAUUGCGGCCAAAUGUUGCAAAUGAGAAAGAUAAGCUUUUACUUUCAGCCAGUCACAAUGCGAAUGAAAAAAAAAAAAAAAAGCUUCAUGAGCAGCAAGCAUAUUCUGAAUUCUUUUACCAAACUAAUGUGUUUGACACUGCAGCCACUCUUGGUGGCUGAAAGUUUGCUAAUUUCUGUUAAUAGCAUUCCACUGACACAAAGCUUUACAUGCACAUUGUGCACACAUCGCUAAAUGAGACAUGAAUAUUUAUGAUGCAUAACAUUGCACGCACAAGGUCGUGUCAGGCACCCACAAGCUAGGGAUGGGAGAUGCAGUUUGUGAUUGUCUAGCUGUCGUAAGAAUCUUGCUUUGUUGAUUAGCAUUUGUUUACAAUUCAUUUGUGUGAACAUCACAAGUAAGAUCAGCACUUUGUGAUCAAAGUACUAACAUAUGCUUUUGUAACUGGACUUAACUAUAGUCAACAGAUGCGCUUGCAUUGAAGCCUAAUUAUGUGGCCCCUUGUGCACUGCACACAGCACACUUCUCUAUGCUGGUAGGCUUUUCAAAACAUUUCACAAAAUAAUGGUUUCAACUGUUUCUAAACAUUUCAUGCUGAUGGACCCAACAAAGCCUACAUUGGAGAAAUUUCUUACAAGCUUUACAGCUUAAGCUUGCAUAAGCUUUACAGCUAUGUAAAGCAUAAAAGCUUUUAAACUCAACUAAAAUAGUUUCCUGGACACAUUGUUUGACUUUAUAAUACUGGUAAUUUCAAUAAUUUAAAU